AUGGUCUCUCCUACCAUCCGUGUGGCCCCCUCGGCCGCCAACCGCGCCCUCAAUCUCCUGCGCACUGUGCAAUACACGCAUCCGCCCUCCUGUCCCUGUCAUUCCAACCCCAACCACCAUCAUCACCAUCGCUCUCCGACUCUGGCGGACCAUGUGCGUCGCCAUAUGGCCACUCCCACGGAUCCCUCCCGGCAGAAGGAGUACGCCUUUGAGAUGGCCGCCUCCAGCAUCCGUUUCGGCCCGGGUGCCACCAAGGAGGUCGGCAUGGACUUUGCCAACAUGAAGGCCAAGCGCGUCUGCGUCGUCACCGACCAGAAUGUCGCCAAGCUGGACGCGAUGAAGCAGGCUAUUGAGGGUCUCAGUCGCGAGGGCAUCGAGUUCACCGUGUUCGACAAGGUGCGCGUCGAGCCAAAGGACUACAGCGUCCAGGAAGCGAUUGCUUUUGCAAAGCCCUACAAUCCCGAUGCCUUUCUGGCGGUGGGUGGCGGCUCUGUCAUUGACACCGCCAAGCUGAUGAACCUCUACACCGUCUUCCCCGAGGCCGACUUUCUCGACUUUGUCAACGCGCCCCUGGGCAAGGGGCUCCCCGUGACCAGGCCGCUGAAGCCGCUGGUCGCCGUGCCCACGACGGCCGGCACGGGCUCCGAGACCACCGGCACCGCCAUCUUCGACCUCGUGUCGAAAAAGGCAAAGACGGGUAUCGCCCACCGCAACCUCAAGCCGACCCUCGGCAUCUGCGAUCCGCUCAACACGCGCACCAUGCCGUCGGCCGUGCACGCCUCGUCCGGGCUGGACGUGCUCUGCCACUCGCUCGAGUCGUGGACCGCCAUCCCGUACAACGAGCGCACCCCGCGGCCCACCAACCCCAUCAACCGCCCCGCCUACCAGGGCGCCAACCCCAUCUCCGACAUCUUCUCGCUGCAGGCCCUGCGCAGCACCGUCAAGUACCUCCCGCGUGCGGUACGCGACCCGGAUGACUUUGAGGCGCAGUCGCAGAUGCUGCUCGCCGCCACCCUGGCGGGCGUCGGGUUCGGCAACGCCGGCGUGCAUCUGUGCCACGGCAUGAGCUACCCCAUCUCCAGCCAGAACCCGGGAUACAAGCACGCCGGCUACGACGUCGACCACCCGAUCAUUCCCCACGGCGUUUCGGUGGCUGUCACGGCCCCGGCCGUCUUCCGCUUCACCGCCGCGUCCAACCCGGACCGCCAUCUGGCGGCGGCCGAGGCAUUUGGUGUGGAUAUCUCCAACGUCAAGCGCGAAAGCGCCGGCGAGGUGCUCGGCGAGGCCAUCGCCAGCUUCCUCAGCCGUCUGGGCGACCAGCCCCGGGGACUCAAAGACCUGGGCUUCAAGCCGUCCGACGUCGAGUCGCUGGUUGAAGGCACGAUUCCGCAGAAGCGCGUACUCAUGCUAGCGCCCAACCUCAACGAGGAGCUGGAGGCCGAAAAGGCGGAGCUGAGGAACAUCUCAGGAACCACCAGCACCGUCCCGAGCAUCCCCAUCGACGACGCCACGCGAUCCAGCGCCGUGACAUCCCUCGCGCCCGACGGCGCCGCCAACCAGCGCUCCAGCGCCGAUACCACGCGAAACGGCAGCACCUCGUUCUCGCGCAGUCUCUCCAGCAGCCCAUCCAGCAGGCCCACCGCACUCUCCACCCCCUGCAGCACCAGCGCCGCACCCAUCCCCGCCUGCACACACGCCCUCAACUCCGCCGCCACCCUCACCAACCGCCCCCGCGACGCCCGCACCCUGACCACCAACCCGCGCAGCGCCGCCUCCUCCCGCACGGCGCGCGCCUCCGCCAGAAACCCAGGACACAGCACGACCUCCAUGAACGCCCGGUCCGCCGCACCCACAAACCCACCCCACUGUCCCGCCCGCCGCACGUCCUCCGCGCGCACCCUCCGCGCCAACUCCACCCACUCCUCCCCCGCCAGAAAGCACGCCGUCCCCUCCUGCACCGCAGCCGCCACCAGCAGCCCCCGGAACGCGAGCCUCCGCACCCCCUCCGCAUGCACCAUCCACGCGUCCCGCCGCGUCUGCGCGUACAGCUCGUACACGCUCAGCAUCAUCACCCCCGCCAACAUGUCCGCCCCGCGUGCGCUCUCAGACUGUGUCUGUGUCCCCUCCGCCGAGGUGUGGGUGUGGGUGGACUGCAGCGCGCACGCAACCUGCUGCAGCGUCGCGGCGUACGCCUGCCGCGCCGUCUUCAUCAGCCCGCGGUCGUGCGUCCGCGCCGCCCGCACCAUCGCCGUCACGCAGGUCACCGCGCCGUCCUGCACGGCGGAUUGGCCGAAGCUCGCGGCGAUGUGCGCGGCGCAGUCGGUGCCUGGGCGCCGGAUGCGCAGUUGCGAGGAGAGCGCGGGGAAGCUGGUGCGCAUUUCUUCGGCGAAGAGGGCAGGCUGCUGCUGCUGUGGCAAGGGGGUUAUGCUUCGGGGGGAGUCGUCGCGGGCGAUGUGUGCCUGGAUCAGGGUGAGGGCGGCGGCGUCGGGGAGCGUGCGCUGUGGCGGUGGUGUCGGGGACGGUUGA